AUGACCUUAGCAUCCUCCAGUAAAAGAAAACCAUCGGAUUGCUUUCACGCGGCAGCAUUCUGCUGGCUUUUUUUGCUCUGGAUUUCGUGUGCCGUGUCCGGAGAGGAGGAUCAUCAGUUCAGCGUUGAGGGAUGGCUACAGAGGUAUGGCUACCUUCCCCGCACAGAACCGGGAAUGUCUGUCCUGCGCUCGGCCCAAACCAUGCACUCAGCCAUCGCUGCCAUGCAGCGCGUCUACGGUCUCAAUGUCACAGGGACACUGGAUGAGAGAACCAAGGAUUGGAUGCAAAAGCCUCGCUGUGGGGUUCCGGACAAAUUUAAAAGUGCUUCGAGGUCACGGACACGGAGAUAUGCGCUGACGGGACAGAAGUGGCAGCGUACACACAUCACCUACAGCAUAAAAAAUGUCACACCAAAGGUGGGCGCCCGGGAGACUCAUGAUGCCAUUCGGCGGGCGUUUGACGUCUGGCAGGGUGUGACUCCCUUACGCUUUGAGGCCGUUCCAUACAGCGCCCUGGAGACUGGCAGGCGUGACGUGGAUAUCACCAUCAUCUUCGCUUCGGGUUUUCACGGUGACAGCUCACCCUUCGACGGGGAGGGGGGAUUCCUAGCCCAUGCCUAUUUCCCUGGCCCAGGCAUAGGUGGGGACACACACUUUGACUCAGAUGAGCCCUGGACCCUGGGGAACCCCAACCAUGAUGGUAACGACCUGUUCUUGGUUGCGGUUCACGAGCUGGGCCAUGCCCUCGGUCUGGAGCACUCUAACGACCCCACUGCUAUCAUGGCUCCUUUCUACCAGUACAUGGACACAGAGAACUUCAAACUACCUCACGAUGACCUACAGGGCAUCCAGAAAAUCUAUGGUCCACCAGACAGAGCACCGCAGCCUACCAGGCCCCCGCCCACGGUCCCCCCGCCUCGUUUCCACCCACCCUCAGACCCCCGCAAGCAUGACCGCCAUGCCAGACCCCACCGCCCUCCACAGGGGGCCAAGCCCUCCAGCCCCAACUCCAAACCCAACAUCUGUGAUGGAGGCUUCAACACCCUGGCCAUCCUCCGACAGGAGCUUUUUGUGUUCAAGGACCAAUGGUUCUGGAGGGUACGGGAUAACUCAGUAGUCCCUGGCUACCCCAUGCAGAUCAACUAUUUCUGGAAGGGCUUGCCCCCCAAAAUUGAUGCCGUCUAUGAGAAUAGUGAAGGGAAAUUUGUCUUCUUCAAAGGAAACCGUUUCUGGGUCUUCAAGGACACAACUCUCCAGCCUUCGUACCCUCAGGACAUCUCGCUGUUUGGGAGCGGCAUGCCCACUCAGAGUAUCGAGACAGCUGUCUGGUGGGAGGAUGUUGCCAAAACCUACUUCUUCAAAGGAGACAGAUACUGGAGGUACAAUGAGGAUAUGAGGACCAUGGACCAUGGUUAUCCCAAGCCCAUCACCAUCUGGAAGGGCAUCCCUGACUCUCCACAGGGGGCUUUUGUCGAUAAAGCCAACGGCUUUACCUACUUUUACAAGGGAAAGGAGUAUUGGAAGUUCAACAACCAGCUGCUGCGUGUGGAGCCUGGCUACCCAAGGUCCAUCCUGAGGGACUUCAUGGGAUGUGAUGGCCUCCCUGCAGACCCCGACUGGGACUGGAGCCCCCCGGUGGCAGAGGAGCGCCACUACGACAACGGUGACGUGGACGUUGUCAUCAAACUGGACAGCGCAGGGGGCACGGAGAAAGCAGUGGCCAUCGCUAUCCCCUGUGUCUUGGCGCUGUGCAUGAUGGUCCUCCUCUACACUGUUUUCCAGUUCAGGAGGAAGAGCACGCAGCGCCACAUACUGUACUGCAAGCGCUCCAUGCAGGAGUGGGUCUGA